GGACCGACCGGUCUUUUCCUUUUAAAGCUUUCAAAAGCAGAGUUCGUUACAAAGCUCUCUCCCUCUCCCUCUCUCUCUCUUCCCCUGGAGACACCAGCGAAGAAGAUGGCAGCAAGAUGCCCUGUGUUCCCCAUUGCGCAGUCCUCCUGCGAACUUGGGGACUACGAUUUUGAUCCUCAGAUUCAGUACCUCAAGGUACUCGAAGAGGCAAGAGAACACCGGAGAGGGCUGCCGUUAUCCAAGAGCCACGUCCAUACAAAUUCUCCAAACAAGAACCAGAAGCAGCAGAACCGACAAAGGGAAGAGGCCGAAGAAGUGACCAAGAAGAAGGGCAGCAAGAGGAGGUGGUGGAACCCGGGAUCCCUGUUCUUCUGGAAGACGAAGCGGUUGGAGCCCCAAAUGUCAUUGCCAUCGUCCCACCCGAUGAAAAUAGUAACUCUUGGUGGUUCUUUGCCGCCCGUGAGAUCGUAUUCUGGCCCCAUUUAUGGUUCCGCCGAGUUGCUCCCUUCCAGAAAGAGCCUGCCGGCGACUCCAGUUCGCAGGGGAGGGAGGGGAGAGGAUGAAGAGGUGCUCAACGUCCCGUACCUGAGCCUCAAGGAGCUUAAUAUGGCUCAACACCACCGUCGAUUCUCCACCUCCUCCCCGAUCUAUUUGGUCACGUAGCACUUCUGCCGUUUUCGUGCUCCUCUUUCUUCAUUUCUCUGUUGGUUUCUUCUCUUGUUGGUCAAAAGGCCAACAGAAGCGAGAUGGGUAUCUAUGUUCCUCUUCUUGCCUUCAAAUUUCUUUGAGUUGAAUGCUUCUUUUAUGGGCAUGCUGUAGUUUUUCUGCCAUUUCUUGCACCCGAUAUUGAGAGGAAAUGAAACCAGAAGUUGAUGCUUUCCUUUUUCCUCUGAACAAGACAGAACAAAUGAAAUGUGAAGAGGGGACAAAUUUUAGACAGGUCUCA